AUGGGUGGAGCUAUGCUUCUUCUCAUUGACGAGACCUUGCAAAAGGGAUACGGAUUCAGCACCGGAUUCUCUCUUUUCGCUGUUUUGUCUGUCAGCACCAAGUUUGUGUGGAACGCACUUUCUUUGUCGACUCAAGAUAUCGGCAGAGGUAAGGAGUUUAUUGGUGCUAUUGUAUCUCUUGUCCACGGUCUGUUCACUCGUAACUUCAAGAACGCCUUGAUUGAGAGUUUCUACAGAACCCACUUGCCCAAUGUGUUUGAGGUUUACGGCAACAUUCUUGCUUUUGGCGCCGUUGUGUUCCUUCUUAACUUCAGAUACGAUAUCAAUGUCAAGUCGACCAAGGUGCGAACUCCCAGUUCUAACUACCCCAUCCGUCUGCUGUACACUGGCAAUGUGCCAAUUUACAUGUUCUACGCCAUUGUGAGCAACCUGUUCAUUUUCAGCAACAUUCUGUUCAGACUGUUCCCAUCCAAUGUAGUUGUUCGUCUCAUUGGUACCUGGGAACAACACGGUGACAACCCUCAAUUGUUUGCUGUGUCUGGUUUGUGUUACUACUUGCAACCACCCUUUGGACUUGUUGAGGCCCUGUGGGACCCUAUUAAGACCGUUAUCUACGCCUCAACCCUGAUUUUGGCUGCUAUCUACUUCGCCAAGACCUGGACCGAAAUCUCGGGCUCGUCACCCCGUGACAUUGCCAAGCAAUUUAAGGACAACGACAUUGUUAUCGUCGGUCACCGUGAUGUGGCUAUUUUGCGUGAACUCAAGAAGAUCAUCACCCCCGCUGCUGCUAUUGGAGGAGCUCUUUCUGCCGCCGUCAUUGUGCUGCCCGACCUGCUCGGCUUCACUGGCUCUGGUCUCCUCAUGUUCAUCGGUGCCAGCACCAUCUACACCUACUUCGAGAUCAUCGCCCAAGAGAGCGGCCAACCAGGCUUCAGCGUCGGCAACUGGUAA